AUGGCUACUAACAAAGGAAAGGUUCUUCUUGCAUACUCUGGCGGUUUGGAUACCUCUGUCAUUUUGGCUUGGUUGAUUGAACAAGGUUAUGAAACUUUGGCUUACAUUGCUGAUGUUGGUCAAGAAGAAGAUUUCGAAGCCAUUAAGGCCAAGGCCUUGAGUGUUGGUGCUGCCAAGGUCUUUGUCGAGGACCUCAAAGAAGAAUUCGUCAAGGAGCAAAUUUUCCCCGCUAUUCAAGCCAAUGCCAUCUAUGAGUCUGUCUAUCUUUUGGGUACUUCUUUGGCUCGUCCUGUCAUUGCCCGUAGACAAAUUGAAAUUGCUGCUCAAGAAGGUUGUCAAUACGUUUCUCACGGUUGUACUGGUAAGGGUAACGAUCAAGUUCGUUUCGAGCUUGCCUACUAUGCCUUGAAGUCUGACAUUGAAGUCAUUGCUCCUUGGAGAUUGCCUGUCUUCUUUGAACGUUUCGCUGGUCGUAGUGCUCUUUUGGACUUUGCCGCCGAAAAGAACAUUCACGUUGCUCAAACCAAGGCCAAGCCUUGGUCUACUGAUGAAAACUUGUUCCACAUCUCUUACGAAGCUGGUAUUCUCGAGGACCCCAAUGUCACCCCUCCCAAGGAAAUGUGGAAGCUCACUGUUGAUCCUGAGGAUGCUCCCAACACUCCUGAGCGCAUUACCAUCUCUUUCGAGAAGGGUAUUCCCGUCAAGGUUGUUAACCACAACGAUGGCCAUGAAGAAACUGAGCCUGUCAAGCUCUUCACCUACCUCAACACAGUUGCCCGUCGUAACGGUGUUGGUCGUAUCGAUAUUGUUGAAUCUCGUUUCAUCGGUGUCAAGUCUCGUGGCUGCUACGAAACUCCCGGUGGUACCAUCUUGCGUACUGCUCACAAGGAUCUUGAAGGUUUGACUUUGGACGGUCAAUUGCGUGCUCUCCGUGAUCAAAAUAUUACUGUUCCUUACGGUAAGGCUCUCUACAACGGUCAAUACUUCUCUCCUGAAUGCGAGUUCUUGACCAAGUCUAUCGAAUUUACUCAACGUAAUGUCACUGGUGAUGUCAAGUUGAAGCUCUACAAGGGUAACACUGUCAUCGAAGGUCGUGUUGCUCGUGGUGACGGUGCCAAGCUCUACGAUAUGCAAGAAUCUUCCAUGGAUGAGCAAGGUGGUUACAACCCUCAAGAUGCUGAUGGUUUCAUCAAGAUUCACUCCAUUCGUCUCAAGAAGUGGACUCCUGAACAAUAA